CCCCCUGCUCGCUACAGCCUCCCUCCUCCUCACUGUUGGCUGCCUAGAUAGACGGGCUGUGGCUCAGUGAGCCCCACUGCAGGGAACAAGCAAGGGACACCCAGGAGCUCAGGGCAGCCAAGGGGAGCCAGGCUGCCAAAGGGGAGCCCACCCUGCCCUGCCCUGAGGGCCCACCUCCUGAGGCUGGGGACAGAACAGGUGCAUAGGCACUGCAGCUGCUCGUUGCCCAGCCUCCUGAAUGAUGCCAGCCCGACACUCCCUAACCUCCAGUCUGGCUCUCCUGCUGCUGCUGGGCACAGUCAGAGCAGGGCCUUUCUCUUCACGCUCCAAUAUUACACUCCGUGCCCCACGACCCCCUCCUAAGCCAGGGGGCCGCACAGCAGAGCCAAGAGGGGCAAACCUCACUUCUCAGCUUUAUGAGCACACUGUAGAAGGAGGGGAAAAACAGGUGGUGUUCACCCACCGUAUUAACCUGCCCCCUUCAACUAGCUGUGGCUGUCCCCCGGGCACUGAGCCCCCUGUCCCUGCUUCAGAGGUGCAGGCCUUGAGGGUCCGCCUAGAGAUCCUGGAGGAGCUGGUGAAGGGGCUCAAGGAACAGUGCACAGGGGGAUGUUGUCCUGCUGCUGCCCAGGCUGGCACAGGUCAGACGGACGUUCGUAGUCUCUGCAGUCUCCACGGCGUAUUUGACUUGAGCCGCUGUGCCUGCUCCUGCGAGCCAGGCUGGGGUGGGCCCUCCUGCUCAGACCCUACAGACGCUGGGGUGUCCCCCUCCUCUCCACCCUCUGCUCCCGGGUCCUGCCCAGAUGACUGCAACGAUCAGGGGCGCUGUGUCCGCGGUCGCUGCGUGUGCUUCCCUGGCUACACUGGCCCCAGCUGUGGCUGGCCCUCCUGCCCCGGGGACUGCCACGGCCAUGGGCGCUGUGUGCAGGGCGUGUGCGUGUGCCGGUUGGGUUUCUCUGGUGACGACUGCAGCCUGCGCUCCUGCCCUCGAGGCUGCAGCCAGAGGGGGCGCUGCGAAAAUGGGCGCUGCGUGUGUAACCCCGGCUACACAGGCGAGGACUGUGCGGUAAAGAGCUGCCCCCGAGGCUGCAGCCAGAAGGGGCGCUGUGAGGAAGGGCGCUGCGUCUGUGAUCCUGGCUACACUGGAGAAGACUGUAGCUCACGGACCUGCGCUUGGAACUGUGGCGAAGGUGGACGCUGCGUGGAUGGCCGCUGCUUGUGCUGGCCUGGGUACGCGGGUGAGGACUGCAGCACACGGACUUGCCCGCGCAACUGCCGGGGCCGCGGGCGUUGCGAGGACGGAGAAUGCAUCUGCGACACCGGCUACAGUGGGGACGAUUGCGGAGUCCGGAGCUGCCCCAGUGACUGCAACCAAAGGGGCCACUGCGAGGACGGCCGUUGCAUGUGUUGGCCGGGGUACACGGGGCCUGACUGCAGUGGGCGUGCCUGCCCGCGCGACUGUCGGGGCCGCGGGCGCUGCGAGAAUGGUGUGUGUGUGUGCAACACAGGCUACAGUGGUGAGGAUUGCGGUGUGCGCAGCUGUCCUGGAGACUGUCGUGGCCGGGGUCGUUGUGAGAGUGGCCGCUGUGUCUGUUGGCCCGGGUACAUAGGCCGGGACUGUGGAACACGCGCCUGCCCUGGCGACUGCCGAGGGCGCGGGCGUUGCGUGGACGGUCGUUGCGUGUGCAACCCAGGCUUCACAGGCGAGGACUGCGGCAGCCGUCGGUGUCCCGGGGACUGUCGUGGUCGCGGCCACUGCGAGGAUGGUGUGUGCACAUGCGACACAGGCUACGAGGGAGAGGACUGCAGCUUACUCAGCUGCCCAGGAGGUUGCCGAGGCCAUGGCCAGUGCUUAGAUGGACGUUGCAUAUGUGAUGACGACUACUCAGGCGAUGACUGCGGCGUGAGGCGGUGCCCGGCUGACUGCAGCCAGCGGGGCGUGUGCCAGGACGGUGUGUGCAACUGUUGGGAGGGCUACGCGGGAGAGGACUGCAGCCUCCGUACCUGCCCCUCCAACUGCCACCAGCGUGGCCACUGUGAUGAUGGGCGCUGUGUGUGCUACGCAGGCUACACGGGCCCCUCCUGCUCCACCCGCACCUGCCCGGCCAACUGCCAGGGCCGUGGGCACUGUGUGCAGGGAUCGUGCGUGUGCCAUGCAGGCUACAGCGGUGAGGACUGUGGACAGGAAGAGCCUCCUGCCAGCGCCUGCCCUGAGGGCUGCGGACCCCGGGAACUGUGCCGCGCAGGCCAAUGUGUAUGCGUUGAGGGCUUCCGAGGCCCGGACUGCGCCAUCCAGACAUGCCCCAAGGACUGCCGUGGCCGAGGAGAGUGUCAUGAGGGCAGAUGCAUCUGCCAAGAGGGCUAUGCAGGGGAGGACUGUGGAGAAGAGGUGCCAGCCAUUGAGGGCAUGAGGAUGCACCUCCUGGAGGAGACGACGGUUCGGACAGAGUGGACCAGGGCUCCUGGCCCUGUGGAUGCCUAUGAAAUUCAGUUCACCCCCACGACAGAUGGAGCAAGCCCCCCAUUCACUGCACGGGUGCCAAACUCUGCUUCAGCCUAUGACCAGAGAGGACUGGCCCCCGGUCAAGAGUACCAGGUCACCGUCCGUGCCCUUCGAGGGACUAACUGGGGCCCUCCUGUCUCCAAGACCAUCACCACCAUGAUUGACGGCCCCCAGGACCUCCGAGUGGUGGCCGUAACUCCAACCACAUUGGAGCUCAGCUGGCUGCGCCCCCAGGCCGAGGUGGACCGAUUUGUGGUGUCCUAUGUCACUGCUGGCAACGAGAGGGUGAGGCUGGAAGUGCCAGCUGAGGCAGACGGGACACUGCUGACUGACCUGAUGCCGGGUGUGGAAUACGUGGUGACCGUCACGGCAGAGCAGGGCCGGGCAGUAAGCUACCCAGCUUCUGUGAGGGCUAACACAGGAUCCUCCCCCUCGGGCCUCUUGGGAGCCACCGAUGAGCCUCCCCCUUCGGGCCCCUCAACAACUCAAGGGGUGCAGGCCCCUGCCCUGCAGCAGCGCCCCCAGGAGCUGGGGGAGCUGAGGGUACUAGGCAAAGACAAAACCGGGCACCUCCACGUAGCCUGGACAGCCCAACCCGAUGCCUUCGCCCACUUCCAGCUGCGACUCUGGGUGCCUGAUGCUCCAGGGGCACAUGAAGAACUGCUGCCAGGGGACGUCCGCCAGGCACUGGUGCCCUCACCCCCUCCUGGAGCCCCCUACGUGCUGUCACUUCACGGGGUUCCCCCUGAGGGCAAGCCCUCCGCCCCUCUCAUCUAUCAAGGCAUUAUGGACAGGGACGGGGAGAAGCCUGGGAAGCCCUUGGCCCCACCACAGCUGGGUGAGCUGACAGUGACAGACGUGACCUCCAGCUCCCUGCUCCUGCACUGGACUGUCCCUGAGGGCGAGUUCGACUCCUUCAUGAUCCAGUACAAAGACAGGGAUGGGCCCCACAUGGUGCCUGCGGAGGGGCCCCAGCGCUCGGCCCUCAUCACCAACCUGGACAUGGGCCGCAAGUACAAAUUUGUCCUGUAUGGGUUUGUGGGCAAGAAGAGGCAUGGCCCCUUGGUGGCUGAAGUCAAGAUCUUGCCUCAGAGUGAUCCCAGCCUAGUGACACCACCGCGUCUGGGAACCCUGUGGGUAACAGAUCCCACCCCAGACUCACUGCACCUCUCCUGGACGGUCCCUGAAGGCCAGUUCGACUCCUUCGUGGUCCAAUACAGGGACAGGGAUGGACGGACCCAGGUGGUGCCCGUGGAAGGACCUGAGCGCUCGGUCACUGUCUCUCCACUGGACCCUGACCACAAGUACAGGUUCACUUUGUUUGGCAUCGCCAACAGGAAGCGCCAUGGCCCCCUCACGGCUGAUGGCAGCACUGCUCCCCAGCUGGAUGAGGAUGAGACCCCCAGCGUCACAGAACCCAGCACGGAGGCACCAGCGACCCCCAAGGAGCCCUUCCUCGGGCAGCUGACAGUGACAGGAUCCUCCCCGGACUCCCUGCGCCUGUCCUGGACCAUCCGCGGGGGCCAGUUCGACCACUUCCUGGUCCAGUACAAGAACGGGGAUGGGCAGCCCAAGGCAGUGCGGGUGCCAGGACACGAGGACGGGGUCACCAUCUCUGGCCUGGAGCCAGACCACAAGUACAAGAUGAACCUGUAUGGCUUCCACAAUGGCCAGCGCCAGGGCCCCAUCUCUGCCAUUGGGGUGACGGCUGCUGAGGAAGAGACCCCCAGCCCCACAGAAGCCAGCACAGAGGCCCCGGAGCCCCCCCAGGAGCCCCUGCUGGGGGAGCUGACAGUGACAGACUCCUCCCCAGACUCGCUGAGCCUCUCCUGGACCCUCCUCCAGGGCCACUUCGACUCCUUCACCAUCCAGUACAAGGACAGGGAUGGGCGGCCCCAGGUGGUGCGUGUUGGGGGUGAGGAGAGCGAGGUCACCGUGCGGGGCCUGGAGCCGGGGCGCAAGUACAAGAUGCACCUGUAUGGGCUGCACAGGGGACAGCGUGUGGGCCCCGUGUCCACUGUGGGCCUGACAGACCCCCAGCCCCACAGAAGCCAGCACAGAGGCCCCAGCGCCCCCGAGGAGCCCCUGCUGGGGGAGCUGACAGUGACAGACUCCUCCCCAGACUCGCUGAGCCUCUCCUGGACCCUCCCCCAGGGCCACUUCGACUCCUUCACCAUCCAGUACAAGGACAGGGAUGGGCGGCCCCAGGUGGUGCGUGUUGGGGCUGAGGAGAGCGAGGUCACCGUGCGGGGCCUGGAGCCGGGGCGCAAGUACAAGAUGCACCUGUAUGGGCUGCACGGGGGACAGCGUGUGGGCCCCGUGUCCACUGUGGGCCUGACAGCUCCACAACCAGAAGAGACUCCUGCAGCCACCAACCGCCCCCUGGAGCCACGCCUGGGGGUCCUGACAGUGACAGAUGUGACACCCACCUCCGUGGGCCUCAUGUGGACAGUCCUUGAAGGCCAGUUUGACUCCUUCAUGAUCCAGUACAAGGACAGGGAUGGGCAGCUCCAGGUUGUUCCUGUGGCCACAGACCAGCAUGAGGCCACUAUCCCGGGCCUGGAACCCGCACACAAAUACAGGAUGCAUUACAAGUUCCUGCUCUUCGGGAUCCAGGAAGGGAAACGACUCAGCCCUGUCUUUGUGGGGGCAGAGACAGCUGCCCAAGGUGAUGCCAGCCCAGGGGCGCCACCCCGCCUCGGGGAGCUGUGGGUGACAGACCCCACCUCGGACUCACUGCACCUCUCCUGGACGGUCCCCGAGGGCCACUUCGACUCCUUUGUGGUCCAGUUCAAGGACAGGGAUGGGCCCCGGAUAGUGCCCGUGGUGGGUCACGAACGUUCAGUCACCAUCACCCCUCUGGACAGUGGCCGCAAGUACAGAUUCCUCCUCUAUGGCCUCCUGGGCAAGAAACGCCACGGCCCCCUUACUGCUGAUGGCACCACAGAGACCCAGCACGCUGUGGAUGAUGCUAGAACAAAGCGUCCCUCAAAACCCCAUCUGGGAGAGGAGCUACAGGUGACCAGCGUGACACUGGACUCCGUGGGCCUUGCGUGGACGGUCCCCGAGGGCCACUUUGACUCCUUCGUGAUCCAGUACAAGGACAAGGAUGGGCAGCCCCAGGUGGUGCCCGUGGAGGGCAGCCGCAGGGAGGUCAGGAUCGCGGGCCUGGACCCCUCCCACAGGUACAAGCUGCUGCUCUACGGGCUGUAUCAGGGCCGGCGCGUGGGGCCCGUUGCUGCCGUCGCCGUGACCGACCCCAGGGAGGAAACUGGACCUGAGACCAUGGCCCCAAACCCUCCUGAGUCUGAGCCGCAACUCGGGGAGCUGACUAUGGACGAAGCCACCGCACACAGCCUACACCUCUCCUGGACAGUCACUGAGGGAGAAUUUGACUCCUUUGAGGUCCAGUACAUUGACAAGGAUGGGAAACUCCAAGUUGUCAGUUUAGGGGGCAACCAGAAUAACAUCACCCUCUCUGGACUGGAAUCUAACCACAGGUACCUGGUAAAUGUGUACGGUUUCCAUGGCCGGCAGCGUCUGGGUCCCAUCCAGGUGGAAUCUCUGACAGUUCCAAGGAAAGACGAGAAUGAACUGUCAGAACCUUCCACCAUGAGCCCCAAGUCUCCCAUUAAGCCCGUGCUGGGGGAGCUGACUGUGACGGAUGCCACCCAGGACUCCCUGCACCUGUCCUGGACCAUCCCCGAGGGCCAGUUCGACCACUUCCUGGUCCAGUACAAGAACGGGGAUGGGCAGCCCAAGGCAGUGCGGGUGCCAGGACACGAGGACGGGGUCACCAUCUCUGGCCUGGAGCCAGACCACAAGUACAAGAUGAACCUGUAUGGCUUCCACAAUGGCCAGCGCCAGGGCCCCAUCUCUGCCAUUGGGGUGACGGCUGCUGAGGAAGAGACCCCCAGCCCCACAGAAGCCAGCACAGAGGCCCCAGCGCCCCCCGAGGAGCCCCUGCUGGGGGAGCUGACAGUGACAGACUCCUCCCCAGACUCGCUGAGCCUCUCCUGGACCCUCCCCCAGGGCCACUUCGACUCCUUCACCAUCCAGUACAAGGACAGGGAUGGGCGGCCCCAGGUGGUGCGUGUUGGGGGUGAGGAGAGCGAGGUCACCGUGCGGGGCCUGGAGCCGGGGCGCAAGUACAAGAUGCACCUGUAUGGGCUGCACGGGGGACAGCGUGUGGGCCCCGUGUCCACUGUGGGCCUGACAGGUGAGAGAGAGUUACCUACAAAGGACCCUACUUUGAAGCCGAGCCUGGGGGAGCUGACUGUGACGGAUGCCACCCAGGACUCCCUGCGCCUGUCCUGGACCAUCCCCGAGGGCCAGUUCGACCACUUCCUGGUCCAGUAUAAGAACGGGGAUGGGCAGCCCAAGGCAGUGCGGGUGCCAGGACACGAGGACGGGGUCACCAUCUCUGGCCUGGAGCCAGACCACAAGUACAAGAUGAACCUGUAUGGCUUCCACAAUGGCCAGCGCCAGGGCCCCAUCUCUGCCAUUGGGGUGACGGCUGCUGAGGAAGAGACCCCCAGCCCCACAGAAGCCAGCACAGAGGCCCCAGCGCCCCCCGAGGAGCCCCUGCUGGGGGAGCUGACAGUGACAGACUCCUCCCCAGACUCGCUGAGCCUCUCCUGGACCCUCCCCCAGGGCCGCUUCGACUCCUUCACCAUCCAGUACAAGGACAGGGAUGGGCGGCCCCAGGUGGUGCGUGUUGGGGGUGAGGAGAGCGAGGUCACUGUGCGGGGCCUGGAGCCGGGGCGCAAGUACAAGAUGCACCUGUAUGGGCUGCACGGGGGACAGCGUGUGGGCCCCGUGUCCACUGUGGGCCUGACAGCUCCCCAGAUGGAUGAGGAUGAGACCCCCAGCGUCACAGAACCCAGCACGGAGGCACCAGCGACCCCCAAGGAGCCCUUCCUCGGGCAGCUGACAGUGACAGGAUCCUCCCAGGACUCCCUGCGCCUGUCCUGGACCAUCCCCGAGGGCCAGUUCGACCACUUCCUGGUCCAGUACAAGAACGGGGAUGGGCAGCCCAAGGCAGUGCGGGUGCCAGGACACGAGGACGGGGUCACCAUCUCUGGCCUGGAGCCAGACCACAAGUACAAGAUGAACCUGUAUGGCUUCCACAAUGGCCAGCGCCAGGGCCCCAUCUCUGCCAUUGGGGUGACGGCUGCUGAGGAAGAGACCCCCAGCCCCACAGAAGCCAGCACAGAGGCCCGCGCCCCCCAGGAGCCCCUGCUGGGGGAGCUGACAGUGACAGACUCCUCCCCAGACUCGCUGAGCCUCUCCUGGACCCUCCCCCAGGGCCACUUUGACUCCUUCACCAUCCAGUACAAGGACGGGGAUGGGCGGCCCCAGGUGGUGCGUGUUGGGGGUGAGGAGAGCGAGGUCACCGUGCGGGGCCUGGAGCCGGGGCGCAAGUACAAGAUGCACCUGUAUGGGCUGCACAGGGGACAGCGUGUGGGCCCCGUGUCCACCGUGGGCCUGACAGCCCCCGAAGUAGAACAGGGAGCCAGCCCUACUUUGAAGCCGAGCCUGGGGGAGCUGACUGUGACGGAUGCCACCCAGGACUCCCUGCGCCUGUCCUGGACCACCCCCGAGGGCCAGUUCGACCACUUCCUGGUCCAGUACAAGAACGGGGAUGGGCAGCCCAAGGCAGUGCAGGUGCCAGGACACGAGGACGGGGUCACCAUCUCUGGCCUGGAGCCAGACCACAAGUACAAGAUGAACCUGUAUGGCUUCCACAAUGGCCAGCGCCAGGGCCCCAUCUCUGCCCUUGGGGUGACAGCUGCUGAGGAAGAGACCCCCAGCCCCACAGAAGCCAGCACAGAGGCCCCAGAGCCCGAGGAGCCCCUGCUGGGGGAGCUGACAGUGACAGACUCCUCCCCAGACUCGCUGAGCCUCUCCUGGACCCUCCCCCAGGGCCGCUUCGACUCCUUCACCAUCCAGUACAAGGACAGGGAUGGGCGGCCCCAGGUGGUGCGUGUUGGGGGUGAGGAGAGCGAGGUCACCGUGCGGGGCCUGGAGCCGGGACGCAAGUACAAGAUGCACCUGUAUGGGCUGCACGGGGGACAGCGUGUGGGCCCCGUGUCCACCGUGGGCCUGACAGCCGCAGAAGCCCCAGAGUCCCCCGAAGGGCCCCGCCUGGGGGUGCUGGCAGUGACUGACAGGACUCCAGACUCCCUGCGCCUCUCUUGGACUGUGAACCAGGGCUCCUUCGACUCCUUCGUGGUGCAGUAUCGGGACACAGACAGCCAAUCCCAGGCCUUGCUUGUGGGUGGUGACCAGAACAAGGUCCUUGUGUCGGGCCUGGAACCGAGCACCCCCUACAAGUUCUUCCUCUAUGGCCUCCAUGAAGGGAAGCGCCUGGGCCCCAUCUCAGCUGAGGGCACCACAGGGUCAGCCCCUGCCGGUCAGACCCUGGGGGAACCAGGGCCCCGGCUCUCCCAGCUGUCUGUGAGUGAUGUGACCACCAGUUCUCUGCGACUCAACUGGGAGGCCCCCUCUGGGGCCUUCGACUCCUUCCUCCUUCGCUAUGGGGUCCCAUUAGCAAGCACUCUGGAGCCGCAUCCGCGUCCCUUGCUGCAGCGGGAGGUGACAGUGCCAGGGACGCGGCGCUCAGCUGUGCUUCGGGACCUCCGUCCUGGGAGCGUGUACAGCCUUACACUGUAUGGCCUGCGUGGGCCCCACAAUGCUGACAGUGUGCAGGGCACUGCCCGUACACUGAGCCCAGUUCUGGAGAGCCCCCGUGACCUCCAGUUCAGCGAAAUUGGGGAGACUUCAGCCAGGGUCAGCUGGAUGCCCCCACCGUCCAGAGUUGACAGCUUCAAAGUGUCCUACCAACUGGCAGAAGGAGGGGAGCCACAGAGUGUGCAAGUGGACAGCCAGGCCCGGACCCAGCGGCUUGAGGGGCUGGCUCCAGGCGCUCACUACGAGGUGACGGUGGUGUCUGUCCGAGGUUUCGAGGAGAGCGAGCCCCUCACGGGCUUCCUCACCACUGUUCCCGAUGGCCCCACCCAGCUGCGAGCACUGAACUUGACAGAGGGAACAGCCAUGCUACACUGGAAGCCCCCUCAGGCUCCUGUGGACACGUAUGACAUCUGGGUCACAGCUCCAGGCACCCCCUCUCUACAGGCCUCUGCCCCGGGCAGCACCGUGGACUACCCCUUACACGGCCUCGCGCUCCACACCAACUAUACAGCCACCGUGCAUGGCCUCCGGGGCCCCAACCUCACCUCUCCAGCCAGCAUCACCUUCACUACAGGGUUGGAGGGCCCCCGGGACCUGGAAGCCAAGGAAGUGACCCCCCGCACGGCCCUACUUAGCUGGACAGAGCCCCAAGUCCCACCGACUGGCUACCUGCUCACCUACGACACUCCUGGUGGACAGACCCAGGAGAUCCUGCUCCCAGGAGGCCUCACCUCUCACCAGCUCCUGGGCCUCUUUCCCUCCACCAGCUACAGAGCCUGGCUCCGGGCUGUGUGGGGCGAGAGCCUCACACCACCCAUGUCUACCUCCUUCACCACUGGUGGACUGCGGGUCCCCUUCCCCCGGGACUGUGGGGAGGAGAUGCAGAACGGGGCCGGCACCUCCAGGACCUCCACCAUCUUCCUCAACGGCAAUCGCGAGCGGCCACUGAAUGUGUUCUGUGACAUGGAGACCGACGGAGGCGGCUGGCUGGUGUUCCAGCGUCGCAUGGACGGACACACGGACUUCUGGAGGGACUGGGAAGACUAUGCCCGUGGUUUUGGGAACAUCACUGGGGAAUUCUGGCUGGGUAACGAGGUCCUGCACAGCCUGACGAGAGCUGGUGACUAUUCCAUGCGCGUGGAUCUGCGGGCUGGGAACGAGGCAGUGUUCGCUCAGUACGACUCUUUCCGGGUAGACUCGGCCUCGGAGUACUACCGCCUCCACCUGGAGGGCUACCACGGCACGGCAGGGGACUCCAUGAGCUACCACAGCGGCAGUGUCUUCUCUGCCCGAGACCGAGACCCCAACAACUUGCUCAUCUCCUGUGCCGUCUCCUACCGAGGGGCUUGGUGGUAUAGGAACUGCCACUAUGCCAACCUCAACGGGCUCUAUGGGAGCACAGUGGACCACCAGGGAGUGAGCUGGUACCACUGGAAGGGCUUUGAGUUCUCUGUGCCCUUCACGGAAAUGAAGCUGAGACCCAGAGGCUACCGGGCCCCUGCCUGGGGAGGCUGAGCCUCGGCUCGCCUCUCCCACGCAGGUACGACUGCCGCGCACUGAGGGGCCGCGAGGAGAGAAGAGUCAAGGCCCAUCUUCACCACCCACCCACCAGAGGAAGCCUUCUCCACCGCGGUCUCACAGCACUAUGUUUACAGGGGGGAGGGAGGGUGGUAUGGGAGCAAUAAAAGGAGAAACUGAGGCAUGA